CACAAUACAUAUUUCUCAAAAAUGAAGUUGGGGUUGAUGAUAAGUUCACUUUUAUAUUUUGUGAUAGUAAUAGUAAUAAAAAAUGAUGGAUCAUGCGAGGGAUGCUUAGAGAAUGAGAGAAUAGGCCUACUAGAUAUCAAGAAGUACAUCAUAUCAGUCAAAGAUGAUGAUGAUCCUGAUUUUGAGAAUUACAUUGACAAUGAAUUGGUUUCAUGGGUUGAUGAUAGAAGUAGCAACUGUUGUGGUUGGAAUAGAGUCAAGUGCUCUAACAUCACUUCUGGACACAUCACUGAGUUGUCCAUCAGAGAAUUACUAUACUUGUUGAUUUCCUCAAAUGGGAUGUUAAAUUCUUCAUUGUUCCGACCAUAUGUAGAGCUACGCAUUCUCGAUUUGUCCAACAUCGGACUCCAAAGUUGGUUUGGCAACCAAGAUUUUCUUAGGCUCAAAAAGUUGGAGACCUUAGACCUUUCCUCGAACAAUAUAAAUAGCAGCUUCUUGACAAAUUUGAAUGGAUUAACUGCGCUGAUAAAUUUAAACCUCGGUGGAAACUUCAUGGGUUAUUUAUCCCUUCAAGGAUUUUCUGGACAAAAAAAGUUGAAGACAUUAGACCUUUCAUAUAAUCGUUUAAAUAGUAGCAUCUUCUCAAAUUUGAAAGGAUUAACUGCUUUAACGGCAUUGAACCUCGGUAAUAAUGAAAUUGAUAAUAAUUUCUCCCCUCAAGGUAUGUACAAUUUUAUUUAUCUUGUUAUAUUUAACCUACUGGAACAAUUGAACUUGAGUGGUAAUCAACUUACAAAUAAUCUGCAUGUUGAAGAUGUUCAAAAUUGGAAAAACUUGAAAAUGUUAAACUUAAGGGAUAAUUUCAUGACCGGCUCAAUCGAAGGACUAUGCAAAUUGAAGGAUUUGGUAGAGCUAGAUAUCAGCUAUAACAUGUUUGGUGGUCAACUUCCCGAGUGUUUAAGAAACUUAACAAACCUCAAAGUUCUUAACCUUGCCAAUAAUGUGUUCAGUGGUAAGUUCCCAUCCUUCAUUGGCAAUCUCACGUCCUUGACAUACUUGUCUCUCUAUGCAAAUUACAUGAAAGGAUUUUUUUUAUUGAGCACAUUGGCUAAUCACUCCGAACUUGAGAGUUUAUAUAUUUCAUCAGAGAGCAUUGGAGCACAUAUUGAAACUGAAAACAUAAAGUGGUUUCCUAAGUUUGAAUUGAAAUAUCUGGUUAUCCGAAACUGCAACCUGAAUAUGGACAAAGGAAAUGUCAUUCCUAGUUUUCUUUCAUAUCAAUAUAAUUUGAUAUUGCUUGACCUCUCCCACAACAAAAUAGUUGGGUCACUCGCAAGUCGGUUGCAACAAAACGAUAACUUACAAUAUUUGGAUAUAUCAAACAACAAUUUAAGUGGCUGGCUUCCAAAAGAUAUUGGUACAUUCCUUUCUAAUGUUAUAUUUUUGAAACUUUCAUGGAAUAAAUUUGAAGGAAAUCUACCUUCAUCAAUUGGUAAGAUGAAAAAACUUCAGUGGUUGGACUUGUCUCAUAAUACUUUCUCGGGUGAUUUACCAAAAGACCUGGCUACAGAAUGCAAUCAUUUACGAUACUUGAAGCUCUCCAACAACUUUCUACAUGGGAAUAUUCCAAAACAUUCGAAUUGGAUGAACAUGGAUGUGUUAUUUCUUAAUAAUAACAACUUUAGUGGAACCCUGGGAAUCAAUACACAAUUAGGAGUGCUAGACAUAUCCAAUAAUUCAAUCUCAGGCACAAUUCCGAGUUCAAUUGGGUUUUUUUCUGAAAUGUAUGCACUUCUUAUGGCUGAAAAUCUAUUACAAGGCUAUAUCCCUCUUGAGAUGUCCAACAUGACAAGUCUUGAAAUUUUGGAUCUUUCACAAAACAAGUUGAUUGGAUCACUCCUAAAUUUCAGUAGUGUGUAUAAUCUAGAGUACAUGUAUUUGCAAAAUAACAAUAUCUCUGGACCUAUACCAUUUGAAAUUUCUGGAAGCUCGCGUAUGAAACUUCUAGACUUGAGUGAGAACAAAUUUUCAGGUAAAAUUCCUAACUGGAUGGAUAAGCUCUCAAAUUUACGUGUUCUAUUACUAGGAGGGAACAAUUUGGAAGGAGAUAUUCCAAUUUCACUAUGUCAAUUAAAAAAGAUGGACAUAAUGGAUCUAUCAAGGAACAGGCUCAAUGGUUCAAUACCAUCUUGCUUCCAAAAUCUGUCAUUUGGAAUAGGACAAUAUGAUAACGAUGAUGAUGAUGAUGGUCCUGAUUUUCAAUUCUCAAUGUACUUCUUGUUGGAGGACUCCCUUUCAUCUCAACUUCUCCUCUUCAUUUUUUAUGAUAUAAAAACUACACCGCCUUUAUUUGGUCUAUUGAAUGAAGACCUAAAUUUGGAAGUCGAGUUCAGAACAAAGAAUAAUUAUUACUUUUACACGGGUAAAAUCCUAGAGAACAUGACUGGAUUAGAUUUGUCUUGCAAUAAACUAAUAGGUAUCAUCCCUUCUCAAAUUGGAGAUCUACAACAAAUUAGAGCAUUGAAUCUAUCACAUAAUUACCUGUCGGGUCCGAUUCCAAUCACCUUUUCAAAUCUUACUCAGAUAGAGAGUCUUGACUUAUCAUACAAUAACUUGAGUGGUAAGAUACCUUAUGAGCUAACCCAGCUGAACUUCUUAUCAAACUUCAAUGUGUCAUACAACAACUUUUCUGGAACACCACCUAAUACAGGACAAUUUGGAGACUUUGACGAGCAAAACUACAAAGGUAAUCCCGGUCUUUGUGGACCACUCCUUAACCGAAAGUGUGUAGGUGUUGCAUCUCCACCUUCAUCACAAUCCAUUGAUAGUGGAGAAAAGGAAACCAAAGUGGACAUGAUAUCAUUUUAUUGGAGUUUUGGAGCAUCUUAUAUAACAAUACUACUAAGCAUCAUUACAGUGUUGUACAUCAAUGCACAUUGGCGCAUGGCCUGGUUUUAUUUCAUGACUAAGAUUAUACGUAAAUGUUUUCCAAAUUUUCCAAUAUUGUAUUGAGAACUUCCAUCUGUUUAAGCCUUUAAUUUCAGUCUGUUUGAUGUUAAGUUCUUUUGUAGACUUUGUAUGCUCUUUCUGGAAGCAUGUAAUAAAUUGUGUUACCGUUGUUUGUGUGAUGUAUUUCUCUAUAAUGGUUUCAAGAUAUUUGUAUAUGUUGAAACACAUGCAAUUAACAA